AUGGAUCAAACGGCCUCCGACAGCGCCGUAGCAGCUUUCCCUGAUUCCAGAAAAGUCCGAGAGAGCCUGUUGCAAGGGGCAGUUAGGGACGAGCGACAAACGUGCAUCGUCUUUGUGGAGAUCAGCACCCAGGCCUGCCUGGCAUCAUACAGCUCCUGCCUCUCCACCGCCCUGGACGCUGCUUCGUUUGUCGCUGCACUAGCAUCCUCUGAGAAUGGCAGCCAGGAGUUCCCCUUCCCACUGCGAGCUGUUGGCGUGACGGCUGAGAAAGGGCCCGAGCCCGUCUCAUUUCCUUGGAAACUCACCGGGAUUUCUCUCGCUGUCCUCUUCGUGGUGGCCAUUGGGGUCUUUGUCGGGUUUCGCGUGGCCCGGAAAGAGAAGCAGAAGCGGGCCCCCCUCUGGAUGCCACCGGGCUUCGCCCCACGUAAGGAGCCCAAGAACUACAAGAGGAGGGAGCCGGUGGGGGAAGACGCCAUUGGCAUGAAGAUCCUGAAUCAGCAAACUGACUGUGAGGACGAAGAAGAAAAUCAAAAUUCCUUAAUAGACGGUCCACCCAGCAACAAGAAAUCCAAGUCUGAGGUGAUCCCAAUGCUGCCCGAUCAUCGCAAAUGGACCCAGAAACACAUCAAGGCUGUUGUGAAUAUUCCUCAGUCUGUCGCACUAACCCCGCCACAGGAAAACACAGAAUGCAUGGAUGUUGAUGCAAGAGGUCCAGACGGAGUGACCCCAUUGAUGUUGCCGGCCUGCGCUGGCGGGGGUCUGGGAUCCGGCCUGUCCGAGGCGGAGACCCCGGGAGGCUCGGCCAGCGUCAUCGCGGACCUGAUCGGCCAGGGAGCGAGCCUACAGCUCCAGACGGAUGUGACUGGAGAGACGGCGCUGCACCUGGCUGCUCGCUUCUGCCGAGCAGACGCCGCCAGGUGCAUGCUGGACAUGGGGGCGGACACCAACGCUCAGGACAGAUCAGGGCGUACGCCAUUACACACUGCUGUGGCAGCUGACGCGUUGGGAGUCUUCCAGAUUCUCCUGCGCAACAGGUCGACGGACGUGGAUGCGCGGAUGCACGAUGGGACCACGCCGCUGAUCCUCGCGGCUCGUCUCGCAAUCGACAACAUGGUGGAGGAGCUCAUCAACUGCAACGCAGACGUCAGUGCUACAGACAACCACGGUAAAUCAGCUCUACACUGGGCUGCUGCUGUGAACAAUGUGGACACAGUGAUGGUUCUGCUGCGAAAUGGAGCCAACAAGGACCUGCAGGACCAUAAGGAGGAGACCCCACUGUUUCUCGCUGCCCGGGAAGGGAGUUACGACACGGUACAGUUGUUGUUGGUAGAGCAGGCUAACCGGGAACUGGCCGACCACAUGAGCUGUCUUCCUCGCGACAUAGCGGCUCAGCGCCAACACCAUGACAUCGUGGAGCUGCUGGGGGAGUGGUGCGGGUCUGGAGACCUGGACCAGGCCUCAGCUACGCAGCCCUCAGCCUUCCCCCCUCCCCCGGCCCCUGCUCCUUCCCUUCCUCAGGCCCAGGCCCCCAGGAAGAAGGGGGGCAGGCAUUGCUCCCUUCGGGGGCACACCCCCGUCCCCCCUCGUCCUCCCCAGAUCGACCUGAACCACUCCCUGUACGUUCCCCUCCCCUCCUGCUAUCGGGCCCCUUGCCCUUACCCCAGCCCGGGAGCCCACCACCGCUUCCUCCUGGCUCUCCCGGACCCCUUGGCCUGGAGGCCCGGGCCUCCCUGGGUGGGUUUCGGAAUGGCCGAGGCUCCCGCUCCCCCUCCCAGGGUCCGGGAGCGGACCCCCUCCACCUCCAGCCCCUACCCCACACCCCCGUCCCAGCACGGCUACCCGUCCCCUCCCGACCCCGAGCUCGGACCCCAGGCUCCUCAGGUCACCCCCGGGAGACACCCAUUCCUCACCCCAUCCCCCGAGUCUCCCCCUGACGCCUGGUCCAGCUCUUCACCCCCUCCCCACUCCGAGCUCCCCAACUGGCCUGAGGGCCUCAUCAGCCCAGCUUCUUAGACAGAGGCUGGACGCUGCCCCGUUCACACUCACUCACACUCACCUUUACACACUCACUCACACUCAC